AUGACCUGUCCAAGGAUUAGCACCGGUUCCGGCUAUUCAACCAGAAAGCCCACGAGUUGUGAAUGUAACGGGACAUUGUGUGCUCAACUGACCAUGAAGAUGGAAAAUAAAAUAAAGAGAUUUAUCAGCAAAUCUCCAUUGAAACAUUGGUACCUGCUAGUGAAAAUAGAAUUUUUGGAUUCGCAAACCAUUAGUGCUGCUAAUUUCAAAUCAUUGAUUAUUCAAAACUUGAAACGAAUGUAUGGAGAAAUUGGGGCAGCUACAAAUAUUUACAUUCGAAAAUUCUUUGAAAAAGAACAAGAAGCAAUAUUGAUGGUACCUAACAGUCAUGUUAUUCAUUUGUGGACAAGCCUAAUAACCAUUUCGGACUUUUAUGGAACUCCUUGUUCAGUUCGUAUCCUUCAGACUUCCCAACAUCUUAUUUCUAUUGGCAGUUCAAGUCGACAACUAAUCUACUCAACAUGA